UAUAACAUAAAAUUACUCUUAGAAAAUUUAUUCUCUUAUGGGACCAAGAAAACCGGAAAUUGAAUACAUUCAUCUUGAUCUUGUUGCCAAGUGUCGAGAUAGUGAAGCAAAUGACCUGGACUUUGCAGCAUUGAAGGUGGCUAUGGAUGCUUUGAAGAAACUGGCAGAUAGUGCUUUGAAAAAAGGACCUUAUUCUAUUGUCAAGGAUAAAAAACCUCCCUAUAUUGCUGCCUCCGGUGAUGUUCAUGACUUUCUUAGUUAUGCUCCUUAUUGGUGGCCUUCUGAUGCAAACGACGGCACAUAUGUUCGAAAAGAUGGCAAACGGAACCCAGACGUCAAAUUGGCUCAAGAUCAAAGUCAACUGGAGAAUUUCUCAGAACAGUUCAUGUAUUUAUGCCUUGGUUAUGAACUAUUUCGCGAUGAAGAAUACGCCAAACAUGCAGUUCAUUUACUGGAAGUGUUUUUCCUGAAUCCUGAAACAAAAAUGAAUCCAAAUGUAAAUUAUGGUCAAGUCAUCCGUGGUACCAAUAAUGAAAAUGGAAAAGGACGUCCGGACGGGCUCAUCAGUACAAGAACACUUGCAUGUGUGGCCAAUGUACUUCCAGCAUUAUUCAAGUUCUCUGGAUAUGCACGUAUUGCAGAUGGAAUAGGUUUAUGGUUUCAACAAUACGGGCAAUGGCUUUUAACAAGUGAUAUUGGCAAACAAGUGGCGACGAAGAAAAACAAUCAUCUGUCUUGGUACUUGGUUCAACUUGUUAUGAUUCAUUCUGUGUACCCAUUACCAUCAGUAGAAGACAUGCUACGCUCGUUUUUACAAACCAAACUAUCUGAACAUAUCGAUCCAACAACGGGUGAUCAGCCUUUGGAAAGCCAACGUACACGGCCUUUCCAUUAUUUGGUCUUCAACUUGCAGGCACUAAUAUACAUUACAGAAUGGACAAGAGAUCAUCCACACUUAUUUGGAUGUCAAGACGAAUUAAUCGGGAAAGCAGUAGAUUACCUUGUGCAGUACGAUACGACAAAGACAAAGGAAGAUAGUACAGAAGCUCUUCGAUGUGUCCAGCAAAUGCAACGACGACAACAACAUGGUCCUCCAGGUCGGCAACGUACUCUAGAUACAUAUCAACAGUGGAUCGAUACGACAAAAUCAUGUGAAAAUGCAGAAAAUAUCUCGGGACCCAAGAAUGCUUUAUAUCCUUUAUGGUCAAGAUAGGUUUUAUUGGAAUAGUAUUCGUUAUAUUUUAGGAUAGAUAUCUUUUUUUUUUUAAUAAAAAAAAAUUUAUUAUGUAUGGAUAAUGCAAAUACAUACACAGUAUCA